UCCUCCUCCUCCUCGGUCUUUACGCCUUCUUUCCCUGAGCUUCCCGGACCCCGACAUCCCUCUCCAAGGGCGCCUUCUGAGAAAUCUUUGGUGGCGUGGCGGACCAGCUGCGAGGAGAGUUUAAAAGUUGGGGCUCGAAGACAGGAAGGGAACGAUGGCUUCCUCGUCUGGCAACGAUGACGAUCUCACUAUCCCCAGAGCUGCUAUAAAUAAGAUGAUCAAAGAGACUCUCCCUAAUGUCCGGGUGGCAAACGACGCCCGAGAGCUGGUGGUGAACUGCUGCACUGAAUUCAUUCACCUUAUAUCUUCUGAAGCCAAUGAGAUUUGCAACAAAUCGGAAAAGAAGACAAUUUCACCAGAGCAUGUCAUACAAGCACUAGAAAGUUUGGGCUUUGGCUCUUACAUCAGUGAAGUAAAAGAAGUCCUACAGGAAUGCAAGACGGUCGCGUUAAAACGAAGAAAGGCCAGCUCUCGUUUGGAAAACCUUGGCAUUCCUGAAGAGGAGUUAUUGAGACAGCAACAGGAAUUAUUUGCAAAAGCUAGACAGCAGCAAGCAGAAUUAGCCCAACAGGAAUGGCUUCAAAUGCAGCAAGCUGCUCAACAAGCCCAGCUGGCUGCCGCCUCAGCCAGCGCGUCCAAUCAGGCAGGGUCCUCUCAGGAUGAAGACGACGACGACGACAUCUGACACUCAACGUCUAUAAGAAAACAGUGGAAGAAAUGCUUAUCUGUAGUUUUGUGUGCAUUUUGGUGGACUUUACCAUGGGU